AGACGAGAGAGGAGGGUCUUUUUGACAGUACGCUCUACAGAGCUAAACAACCUGUUCGACCAGAGCUCAGAGCUCAUCGCGCUGUCUUCAGCUGCUUACGUUACCUUUAGAAUUGGUCUCUGUCAAUAUCUCAGAUGGCUGCAUACAAGCUGGUUCUCAUUCGCCACGGCGAGAGCUGCUGGAACCAGGAGAAUCGCUUCUGUGGCUGGUUCGACGCGGAUCUGAGCGAGACAGGGGUUCAGGAAGCAAAGAAAGGCGGUCAAGCUUUAAAUGAUGCAGGGUUUGAGUUUGACAUUUGUUACACCUCUGUGCUGAAGAGGGCUAUUCGGACGUUAUGGAUUGUUUUGGACGGUAUUGAUCAGAUGUGGCUGCCCGUGCACAGGACCUGGCGCCUGAACGAACGCCAUUAUGGUGGUCUCACUGGGUUAAACAAGGCAGAGACUGCGGCCAAGCACGGUGAAGCCCAGGUUAAGGUUUGGAGGCGCUCCUACGACAUCCCUCCACCAACUAUGGAUGCAGAUCAUGACUUUUACAGUAUCAUCAGCAAGGACAGACGUUAUGCUGAUUUGACUGAGGACCAGCUGCCUUCUUGUGAGAGUCUGAAGGAUACAAUUGCACGGGCGCUACCUUUCUGGAACGAAGAGAUUGUGCCUCAAAUCAAGGAAGGAAAGAGAGUGUUGAUUGCCGCUCAUGGAAACAGUUUGAGAGGCAUCGUGAAACACUUAGAAGGUAUGUCUGAGGAGGCCAUCAUGGAGCUGAAUCUGCCCACAGGCAUCCCUAUUCUUUAUGAGCUGGACAAGAACCUGAAGCCCAUCAAGCCCAUGCAGUUCCUCGGAGACGAGGAAACAGUUCGCAAAGCAAUGGAGGCUGUGGCAGCACAGGGCAAAGCCAAGAAAUAGAGCAUAUACUUUUUAAUUAUACAUCAGCACUGAAGUACUUUAAACAAGACUCCCAUAUUUAACAUCAAUGAGGCAGAGCUCUAUGGAAGAAGUAUAUACAAGUAAAAAAAAUAAAAAUAAUUAUGGGGCCUAUAUGUAACCAAUUUGAAAUAUUAGAAUUUUGGAAUGGUUGUGAGUAUUUAUUAGUUAAACAGUUUACAGGGACUACACAUUUUUGUUUGGAUUUGUCUUUUAUGUAAUUCAUUCCAUAAUUUACUUUGUCUCCACUUUAUUUUGAAGAAUGUUUGGUCAAUGUUGUAUCUUCAAGUACAUUUCGUUUCACAUUAAACCAGUGUCGAGUCUG